AGAAGGUGGCGAUGCAGAUCUAUCGUCCCUGUUUAAACACAAGAGAAGAAGAAGCACCAAAACAACAUGCAUUACGCGCGUUUAUGACAGUCGCUUCGUUUUUGUUUCAUUAUGAAAGUUUAAUCUAAAAUGAUUUGGACUUUCAUUUUACUGUAACCUGUGCAGAUGGAUUUGAACAAGAUGCGCUACUUGACCAAGCAUGUAUUUCUAUGUAAAACUGCUUGGGGACGAUUGCCCACAAAGCAUGUUCUUGGAAGAUGGUACAUGAACUUUGCGAAACCUAACUCACAAUUUGUUGAAGUAGGUUCCAGGUCACCAUACCCUAAACAACGUUUAAAUACUGACUCUUUGAAGGCAAUAUCAUCAGUCCCAUGUCUUCAAGCCAGGGUUUUCUCUAUGACAGCUUGCAUAUUCAAGAGUAAAAAUCACAAUACAGAUCAGGACAGUUUACAGGAGGAGGAAGAUGAAAUUGAUGAGGCAUUAAUAGACGAGCUGUUUCAACAACAGAUCCCCACAGGUAUUGGUGAAGAAGACCACCACAGAAUCUUCAUCGUUCAUCCUGAUGUGAAAUGGGGCAGCAAAAAGCAAUAUCUUACCACAGCGGCACUUCAAAUGGAUGAGGCUGUAGGUCUGGUGAACACUUUGCAGAACUGGACUGUUAUUGACAAGAUUAUCCUCUCCACCAAGACACCAGAGAAGAAGAAAAUAUUUGGCAAGGGAAACUUUCAGACUCUCACAGAGAAGAUCAGAGCGACGGCUGGGGUCACAGCUGUCUUUGUGAACGUUGAGCGUCUUUCUCCAUCAUCCGAAAAAGAGCUACAGGAAGCCUGGGGAGUAAAAGUUCUGGACAGAUACUCACUUGUUCUGCAUAUUUUUCGCUGUAAUGCAAGAACUAAAGAAGCCAAACUGCAGAUCUCUUUGGCAGAGAUUCCCUUGCUCAGGUCACGGCUGAGAAAUGAAGUAGAAAAUUUAGAUCAGCAAGGUGGCGGCUCAAGGUACAUUAUGGGCUCAGGUGAAACCCUGUAUGAAGUGCAGCAGCGGUUGUUGAAGGAGAGGGAGCUGAAGAUCCGCUCGGCCCUGGAGCGACUUCGGAGGAAGAGGCACCUGCUCCGCUCCCAACGUAAACACAAAGAUUUUCCUAUAGUCUCCGUUAUGGGCUACACUAACUGUGGUAAAACGACUCUGAUUAAAGCACUGACCGGUGAUGCUGGUCUCCAGCCUAAGGACCAGCUCUUUGCCACUUUGGAUGUAACAGUACAUGCAGGACAGCUGCCCAGUCACAUGACUGUACUGUAUGUGGACACCAUUGGAUUUUUAUCCCAGCUCCCUCACCAGCUUAUUGACUCGUUUUCUGCCACCCUGGACGAUGUGGCACAUUCUGACCUUAUAAUUCACGUGAGAGACAUUAGUCAUCCCGAAACUGUUAAUCAAAAGGUGAAUGUACUGAAUGUGCUGAAGAAUCUUCAGAUUCCAGAAAGAUUAUUCAACACCAUAAUAGAGGUGCACAACAAGAUUGACCUCAUUGAAGGAAUGAGCUGUUUCUGUCUACAUACACCGUGGGUCCCCCUGCAUGGAAUUCGUCAUGUUGUUUCUACAGUAGCCCUAAACGGACAAACUGCUCUACAGAGCGCGUUUCAUAAAUACAUUAUCUCCCUCUGCAAAAAAGCAAAAACGUGACAACAUCUUAUUUCUGUGUCAUCCACCGUAGUGCUGCGAAAGGGAGGGGUGAGCGGUGGAGUGAACCGUUGGUUGCAAUCCGCAACCUCACCGUUAGAUGCUGCUAAACUUCACAAACUGGACCUUUAACAAAGAUGAAUAAAUGCUAAAAAACUAUAUUGCUUGUUGUUAGUUCAUGUUAGCAAAUGCAUUUACUAACUUUGGACCACGUAUUAACCAUUGUUGCAACAUUUUUAUAACUGAACACUGCUCAGAACACCAUAGUUACCAUAGUAAUACUAUAGCAACUUGUAUCCUGGUGAUGGGUUUUCUAGUUUUUCUGUAUGUUGGUCUACAGAUACCAGACCAGUGAUCCUGAAGUUAUCUCUAUAUCAGCUCUUAAACAGCACGGGUUGGAUGUGUUAAAAGAAAAGAUUGAAGACGCUGUUGUAAGGUCUACUGGCAAACAAACGAUG